CUUUACUUUUGUAGAUUCAUCUAAUCUUAACCGUGGCUCUUCUCUAAGCACCUGCACAGUGCACCCCAUGGGGAAACUCUCUUCUAUGAUUUCCUUUCUCUGUAACUUUACUUUCCUUUUUCUUAUUCUUGUAUUUUGUUUACUCUUUGGCAGUCUCAGGGCCGAUUUCCCCAACCCUUUCAAGGGUAUUGGAUGCCAUUUGAUCAGUUGUGGAGAAGGAACUUGCAAGUCUUCUAGUAAUUCCUUUCUCGGCUUCGAGUGUGAGUGCAAUCUUGGAUGGAAGAAGAUUCAGAUUGGUUCUUUGUCCUUCCCCUCUUGUGUUGUUCCCAACUGCACAGUUGACUUUGAAUGUGGCAGCAAUACCACUACUCCAUCUCCUCCUCCUCCUCCUCCUCCAGCUUCUCUAUUGCCACCAUUAAAUUCUUCAGACCCUUGUGCAUUGACCUGGUGUGGAGAUGGAACCUGCAUAGCAAAUGGAACUGGACACAUCUGCAGUUGCCAUGAAGGAUCAUCUAAUUUGUUCAAUAGGACAAACUUAUCUUGUUUCAAACAAUGCUCUUUGGGGGGAGAUUGUACCAGCCUUGGAUUUAAUCUUCCAUCUCCAAGUUCCACCUCCAGUUCUAGUUCCAGUUCACCUGUCUCGGUACAAAAUGGUAUGCCACCUCCAAGUCCCAGUAGUUCUGAUUCAACUGACUCGACCAGAAAUGGAGCAACUGGAAAACCCAAUUGCUGGAGGACUCAACUUGUAUUGACCAUGUCAUUGAUCACAGCUAUAUCAAUCUACUCCGCAUAAAGGCAGCCUGAUCUUUGAGAAAAUUAUCCGUUUUGCGUCAAUGUCUUGAGAAGAGAAUUUUUCAGUUUUGGGUAGGAGAGGAGAAGAGAAGAGCAGAGAAUAGAACUAUGUAGAUCUACUAAUGGCUGCAGUCAAAUUUUACAUUGUUA